AAGACGGGCUCGGAGAGAUCAACAACCAGGAGGAAGUGGUUCUGCGGUCGUCCAAUAGGCUUUGAGCGAUACCAGUCAUGGAAGUCGGCCGUACUCUCAACCCGAGUGACCCGUCUGAGGCGGGCGUCUCUAUAAUUGAUUGCUUGCCUUCCGAAAUCCUCGAACAUAUCCUUCUUUGCGUUGCUGCCAACCAUCCCCUCAAACUUCCGCCAAACAACUCCUUCAUCUGUGGGGAAAGGUACUACUUUGCGUGCCCUGCUCUAGUUCUAAGCUGGGUAUGCACCCGAUGGCGAGCCAUCACGCUAGCCAACUCCGCAUUCUGGGCACCUGCUUCAAUCUACAUCUCCCUGACGGACUACGUGGCGGAUGAGGACGAUACUGUCGAAGAACACGCUGCGCGGAAGGCGCGCGGCCUAGCCCUUGUCAAGUGCUACCUCGAAAGGUCUCCCCUGAAACCCCUGCCCCAAGUCAUUCUGUAUGGAGCUUUUGCCGACGCGGCGGACGAGGACCAGUGGGAGGCCGCCUUCGGGGACAUCGUACGCUACGUGGUAUCAACCGCGCACCGCUGGGAAUCCUGCACUCUGCCGGGAUACAUCGUCGAAUGGUUAUCGGUCACGCCCGACGCAGCCCCCGACCCGGUUCUCCUCGAGGCCGCCGCUAUUGAGGAAAAGUACACCGACACAGUGUAUGACCGCCUCCAGUUCUUUUUGCAUGCGCCGCGCCUGCGCCGAUGGCUCGGCGACAUCCCAAACAGCGCCACGGUUUCGCGCCUUCCGUGGCGGCAGCUCACCGAGGUGCGCAUCUGGCAGUUCAUGCCCAUCCAGCGCUUCAUGCGCCUCAUCCGGCACUGCGAGCAGCUCGUCGACCUCGAGGUUAGCCUGCAUAGGAGCGCGGGUGCUGCGCCUCUGCCAACCUAUGGAAGCGUACUACUUGCGCAUCUCGAGAGCGCAACCAUCACACUGGACAACGGGGAGAUCCUGUCGAGUCUCUUCGCAACGCUUGUCACACCGAAGCUCAGGUGUCUGGUCCUCAACGGCUCAUCGCCCCUAACGCAGUGGGACCUCGAGCGCAAGGGGCAUCUCUGUCUGCAGCGCUGGCCCACGCUCGCGUUCGACGGGUGGCUUGAGCGGUCGCGGUCCGCGGCGCCGGACGGUGCGCGCUGCGCGCUGCAGAAACUGCUCCUCGCGCACAUCACCAUGCCGCGGGAUGACCUCGUCUGGAUACUAGAAAACCUCCCCCACCUCCGAGAUCUCUCACUGCAGGAGUUAGAGGACGGCUCUCCCGAGCGACACGACCACGCGUCCUCUAUCGACGACGAUGUCCUCCGGCGCAUGACCGUCCUCAGGCAUACCAGCAUGGACGGCCUGCCCGACCGCAGGCCCGAGCUCCUCCCCGAGCUUGGAGGGCUCACGAUCGCCGGCGUCGUCCACUUCGACGGGCGCAGGCUCGUCGACAUGGUCAAGUCGCGAGCUGACGUGGCCAAUUUGGGGGCGGACAUCGCUGACGCCGCAUCACCCCUCGAAUUCCUCUGCAUCCAGCCCGAAAGGGGUUCGACCACAGUGCUAGACGAUGCGGCGCAGGCCCAACUGAGGGACAUCCUAGGAGAUGAAUUCAUCUAUGGCGACGGCCAUCUGUCGGCGCAGACACUCUUCAGGUACUUCAAGGAGUGGCCGCGGUUGAUGGCGACCCAUCGUAUGCAGAUUAAUAUAGAUGCUAUGGAAGUGUAGUGCUAGGAUGAUUGUUUGAGGUCCACUCCACCGCAAGAUGAGCAUACUCUACUGCAAAAUAGACAUAUUCUACUGCACAAUUGCGAUAUAUUCCUCUAGCGCGCAUCCCAUUCGUCUGAACAGAACAUUUGCCUCGCACUCCGGCCACCGACC